AACACUAUUAGCAUUGUACAGCAGAAGUUUCCAGUGUUGUUGGGCUUUGUUCUGAUGACUGGAAUUUGCAUCUUCCCUCAUUUAUCACACUUGGAGCUAGUAGGUAUCUGCAGUAGGUAUCUGGGUGUGAGCAGGCAGGCAAAAAUUUGCAAUGAUUCCAGAAAGAAGAUGGGAGUUAUUUCCUUCCCUAUGAGGACAGGUAGAUAGUUUAGGAAAGAGGAGAUAAUAAGAGGACAAAAUUUUCCUAAAUGUCCCUCAAUGAUGAUACAUAAGGUAAAUUAAAUGACAGUAAGUUGUGAAGGUGGGUACCAGUUUUACAUAUGGCACAUGAUUCUAGUGAGAGAUUCUUUGGCAGAGCAAAUUAAAUGCUGUUCUUUAAAUAUAACUGGAGACUCCAACAGAAUGAAGUCACAUUUCCCAAGACUUUUAUUGAUUGUUGACAGUGAGUGGCAUACCAGAAGUGCUUACAUAUUUGUUGGGUAUGUCAGGGGAUGAAUGGUAUGUUCUGCCAAUUACUGACAGUAUAUAAAGGUCCAAGGCUAGUAGAAGACACACAGUUCACCACAUCCUCUCGCAACCCACGUGAAAUCUCUUCUCUUGACAAGAUGUGUUGCAACUACGGCAACUCUUGUGGCUAUGGCUGUGGAUAUGGCUACGGCUGUGGCUAUGGGCCCUAUUAUGGCUGUAGUUAUGGACCUGGCUAUGGCUGUGGAUAUGGCUGUGGAUACGGCUCCUGCUGUGGCUAUGGCACCAGAUAUGGCUGUGGCUGUGGCUAUGGCUCUGGUUGCUGUGGCUACCGGCCAUUUUGGUAUAGAAGAUGUUAUUCUUCUUGCUGCUAGAACAUCACUGUCCAAGACACAUUUGCUUCUGAAGUGGCACGGCUUAAGGGAGGGCUGAUUCAUUGAUUUAUACCCCAAGAUUUCUAUAUCCAAUGAAUUGCAUGCUUUUGGUAAUUGUGACCUCUAUUUAGCAAUUGUAUGAAGGCUUCCUGUGGCUGAGGCUAUGUGGUAUCCUCUGACUAUUUUCCAAAUGUUAGUCUUCACUUCCCUAAUCUGUGUUCUUUGUUGAGACUGUAGCAACAUAUCUAAAAUCCCACAGUGAGGCAAAUCCCUUAUUCUCAAUAAAAAUGUUUCAUUUUUUUUCUAAGUAA